AGAUCCCCGCUGACUUCAGCGGAAGGAUACGUGCGUCUGUUUCUUCGGUCCCAGUGACUUCAGUGACUGGUGAGCGCACGGAGGUGAAGGUUUUUCGGCUCCGUGAGUCAGUGCGUAGAAGUUGAAUAUAUGUGCGUUUUAUGGGGUUUUAAUCCAACGGCUUGUGGCGGUAAAAUCACUGAGAUGUUGUAAUUUGGCACUACAGGUAGCCCUUUCCUCUUAAUUGCGCGUUAAACCGUUUCCAACGAGACUUUUUUUUUUUUUUGAGAACUAACCGUCCCGGGGAGACAGCUCAAACUUUGGGCUGGCGACCUUAUGUGGAUUUUACAGAAAAUAUGGAGCAGAUCCCCGGUUUCUCCUCGGGCAAGUCACUAGUCUUUGUCUUCUGCUUCAUCCACCUCUCUUUGGCUCUGCAAUGUAUGGACGACAAGGCGCCUUGUGUGAACAAUGCUACUUGUGUGACCUUAACCAAUGGCACUGAAUACUGCAGGUGUGCACCUGGCUUCCUGGGUGAGUACUGCCACCAUAAGGACCCUUGUCAGCCUGGCUACUGCCUGAAUGGAGGGAACUGCUCAGUGUCCAUGUCAGCUGGUGUACCUGUACCAGGCAGCGCCACCUGCACCUGCCCUCUUGGCUUCACCGGACAGCACUGCCAGACGCCCCAGAACUCUACGUGUUACCCCAACAACCCCUGUGCCAACCGAGGCGUCUGCACACUGCUGUCCCUCGACAAGUUCAAGUGCGAGUGUGCCAGAGGAUGGACAGGACUGCGGUGUGAGCAUGAAGACAGUUGUCUGUCUAGUCCUUGUGCCAACGGUGGAAAGUGCAGCUCUCUGUCUGCUGGCAGCUACACAUGUUCCUGUCCUCCUGGCUACACAGGUCCUCGCUGCCUUAACGACACAAAUGAAUGUGUCGCCACACCCUCUAUAUGCCAGAAUGAAGGAACAUGCGUCAACACCCCUGGCUCCUACAAGUGUAUCUGUACCCCAGGAUUUACUGGCCGACAUUGUGAAAGCUCGUACAUCCCGUGCUCUCCUUCACCUUGCCAAAAUGGAGGCACCUGCCACCAGAACUCUGAAACCAGCUACUCUUGCCACUGCCUUCCAGGUUUCAAUGGGACUAACUGUGAGAACAACAUUGAUGACUGCCCCGGUCAUCAGUGCGCCAAUGGAGGAACUUGUAUGGACGGAGUCAACACCUACAACUGUCAGUGCCCUCCAGAGUGGACUGGUCAGCACUGUACAGAGGAUGUGGACGAGUGUCGUCUGCAGCCUAACACUUGCCAAAACGGGGGCACCUGCAGCAACCUGAUUGGCAGCUACGUCUGUGUGUGCGUUAACGGCUGGAGUGGCCCCGACUGCUCUGAAAACAUCGAUGACUGCGCCACAGCCGCGUGCAGCCCAGGCUCCACGUGCAUCGACCGCGUUGCCUCUUUUAUCUGCGUCUGCACUCAUGGAAAGACAGGUUUGCUGUGCCAUAGAGAUGAUGCCUGUAUCAGUAACCCCUGUAGAGAGGGCUCUCAGUGUGACACCAACCCCAUCAGUGGCAUGUUCAAUUGUAACUGUCCACCUGGAUAUGUAGGCAGCACCUGCAACACCGACAGAGACGAAUGCAGCAUUGGUACCAACCCUUGUGAGCAUGGCGGUCAGUGUGUGAACACUGAUGGCUCCUUCACCUGUAACUGUGUCAGGGGUUACGCUGGGCCACGCUGUGAACAGGAUGUCAACGAGUGCGCAUCGAACCCCUGCCAGAACGACGGCACUUGUCUGGAUCGCAUUGGGGACUACACCUGCAUCUGCAUGCCUGGAUUUGAGGGGACACAUUGUGAGAUAGAGAUGGAUGAGUGUAUCAGCUCCCCCUGUCUGAACCAGGGUAAAUGUCUGGACCAGGUCAGCCGCUUUGUCUGCGAGUGCCCAGCAGGCUUCAGCGGUGAAAUGUGCCAGAUAGACAUUGAUGAGUGCUCCAGCACACCCUGUUCAAAUGGGGCCAAGUGUAUCGAUCGACCCAACGGAUACGACUGUGAAUGUGCUGAAGGCUUCACUGGUCUACUUUGUGAGGAGGACAUCAAUGACUGCAUACCGGAGCCAUGCCACCAUGGCGUGUGUAAAGAUGGCAUCGCCACCUACUCCUGUGAGUGCUACCCCGGAUACACAGGCUCCAUCUGUAACAUCCAGGUCAAAGAGUGCCACAGCAACCCUUGUCAGAACCGAGGACGCUGCAUCGACCUGGUCAAUGCUUACCAAUGCAACUGCCCACCGGGAACCUCAGGGGUCAACUGUGAGAUCAAUAAUGAUGACUGCGCCAGCAACCCCUGUGAGUUUGGAGAGUGCCAGGAUGGCAUCAAUGAGUACAAAUGUGUGUGCGCCCCAGGAUAUACAGGAGCUAAAUGCGACGUGGAGAUUAACGAGUGUCUCUCAAACCCGUGUAUGAGUGGGGGAACCUGUGUGGACAAGGUCAAUGGGUUCCACUGCCUGUGCCCACCCAGCACCCACGGCCCUCUGUGCCUCUCUGGGUCUGACCACUGUGCUCCUCAACCUUGUGUGCAUGGAGAAUGUAUUGAAGAGCAACACGGGUACCACUGUCAGUGUGAAGCCGGCUGGGUGGGACACCACUGUGAGCAGGAAAAGGAUGAGUGCCAGCCCAACCCGUGCCAAAAUGGUGGCACCUGUUUGGACCGACAUAAUGGCUACACCUGUCAGUGCCAACCUGGAUUCAGAGGUGUGAACUGUGAGAGGGACAUAGAUGAAUGUGCAUCUGGGCCCUGUCAAAACCAAGGCUUUUGUAAAGAUGGCGUCAAUAGUUACACCUGCCAUUGUAGUCCGCCAUUCACAGGUAAACACUGCGAGGUGGAACAGGUUCCCUGUGCCUCUCAUCCAUGUGAGAGGGGAGGAGUGUGUCAUCCAACUGCAGACUACACCUCUUACACCUGUCGGUGUCCCUCUGGUUGGCAAGGUCAGCGCUGCAGUGAUGAUGUGAAUGAAUGCAAAAUGAACCCUUGCAGAAACGGUGGUCUUUGCCUGAACAGCCCAGGCAGCUACACAUGUAAAUGUCAGCCUGGAUACAGCGGACACAACUGUCAGACAGACAUUGAUGACUGCUCACCCAAUCCAUGCCUGAACGGAGGCUCUUGUGUGGACGAUGUCGGGAGUUUUUCUUGUAAAUGCCGCCCGGGGUUUGAAGGGGGGCGCUGUGAGACCGAGGUAGACGAGUGCGCCAGCCAGCCCUGCAGGAACGGUGCCAUCUGCCGGGACUACGUCAAUAGCUUUGUGUGCGAGUGCCGACCGGGCUUUGAUGGAAUCCUGUGUGAACGCAACAUCCUUGAAUGCACUGAGAGCUCCUGCCUGAAUAAUGGAACUUGCAUUGAUGACAUCAACACCUUCUCUUGCCGUUGCCGUCCUGGUUUUUACGGCAUGUACUGUGAGUACGAGCAGAACGAGUGCGACUCUCAGCCCUGUAAAAAUGGAGGAACCUGCACUGACGGCCUGGGCACCUAUCGCUGCGCCUGCCCCAUGGGACUCAGUGGACAGAAUUGCCAGAACUUUGUAAACGUGUGUAUUCAAGUGCGCUGUCAAAAUGGCGGCACGUGCACUCAGACAACAACCUCCUGGACCUGCCACUGUCAAAUGGGAUGGACAGGACUUUACUGUGACGUUCCCAGCUUGUCCUGCCAGGACUUUGCUGCAGAAGAAGGUGUGGAAGUGGAGAAUGUGUGCAAGAAUGCUGGGCGGUGUGUAAAUGUGGGUAAUUCCCACCAGUGUAAGUGCCAGCCAGGAUACACGGGCAGCCACUGUGAAGAAAUGGUCGAUGAGUGCCAGUCAAACCCCUGUCGCAAUGGAGCUACAUGCAAGGACUAUCAGGGCACAUACGAGUGUAUAUGUAAACCGGGAUACCAGGGGGUGAACUGUGAGUAUGACGUGGAUGAAUGCCACUCUAGACCCUGCUUCCAUGGAGGAACCUGUAUCAACCUCAUAAACCGCUUCACCUGCGCCUGCCCACCUGGGACACAUGGGCUCCAGUGUGAAGUGAAUGUGGACGACUGUGCACCCAAGCCUGGCUCCUGGGAACCCAAAUGUAUGAACGGAGGACAGUGUGUAGACGGCGUGGGGCGUUACACGUGCUCCUGCCCUCCAGGAUUCGUUGGAGAACACUGUGAGGGAGAUCUCAACGAAUGCCUGUCCAGGCCCUGCCACGCUCCAGGCAGCCUCGACUGUGUGCAGCUGGUCAACAAUUACCAGUGUCACUGCCGCCUCGGAUACACGGGCCGUCAUUGUGAGUCCAUGGUGGAUCUGUGUCUCUCUCAGCCGUGCCACAAUGGAGGCAUCUGUUCUAUGAACAUGAGCUCAGUCUAUGGCUACACCUGCUCCUGCUCCUCUGGCUUUACUGGGUUCCACUGUGAAUCAGAAGUGCAGGGCCACUGUGCAAAGCUGCAUUGCCAGAAUGGUGGGCGCUGCGUGGAGUCACCAGUUGGCCGCGUGCACUGCGAGUGCCAGCCAGGCUUCACUGGGCUGCACUGUGAACAGGUGUGUCAGUGGAUGUGCAGAAAUGGAGGAACCUGCAUCAAAGACCCGUCAAACCCGAACCAGUACAGCUGCCGCUGUCCCAUGCACUUCUCUGGACGAUACUGUGAGAACAAAGUAUCAAUAUCACGGACUCCCACCUGCCCGUAUCCGCAGUGUAAGCAGCAGUCGGGGGAUAAAGUGUGCGACGAUCAGUGUAACAACCAUGAAUGCAAGUGGGAUGGAGGAGACUGCUCACUUAACUGGGAACAGCCUUGGUCCAACUGCUCUGCCAGUGUUCCCUGCUGGGAUUACUUUAAGAACGGACGUUGUGAUAAGGAGUGUGACAACCCUGGGUGCCUCUUUGACAGCUUUGAGUGUCAGGAGACUCCACCAACCCCCUGCAAGUAUGACAAGUACUGCGCAGACCACUAUCAAAACGGCAUCUGUGACCAGAGCUGCAACACGGAGGCUUGUGGCUGGGACGGCCUGGACUGUUCAUCUGACACUCCGUCCAAACUGGCGGCUGGCACACUGAUAAUCGUCGUCCGGCUACAACCAGAGGAACUGCUUGGAGACUUGAAUGGUUUCCUGCGCUCCCUGGGAGCCCUGCUGCACACCAACCUGCAGGUGAAGCGGGAUGAAAAUAAUAAGCCAAUGGUGUACCCUUACUAUCGGGACGAUCACGGGCGACAUUUACAGAGCAGAAGCAAACGGGAGCUGGAGAAGGAGGUUAUUGGCUCGGUGGUGCACCUACAAAUUGACAACCGUGAAUGUUCCCAGAGCUCUGUCAACUGUUUCUCCAACACUAGUGAGGCAGCAUCCUUCAUUGCAGCAGCACACAUCAAGGCUGAACUGCCUUACCCUCUGGUGUCUGUUCAAAGUGGGCCAACAGAGAUAAAUGAUAUACCUAUUCUGCCAUACCUGAUUGCGGUGGCAGUGGUUAUGAUUUUGCUUAUCCUGGUGCUGGGGGUGCUAGCGGCCAAGAGGAAACAUAAACAUGGUGUCCUGUGGCUGCCCGAUGGCUUCUUGGCCACUAAAAAUGACAAGAGGAGAGAGCCUGUCGGACAAGAUGACUUUGAUAUGAAGAAUUUUAAGACCCAGGAUGGAGCCAUGAUUGAUGGAGGUCAGAGUCAGAGAUGGCUGGAAGAAGACGUCCCAUCCAAGAAACCAAGGACUGAGGACAAACCCUUGCUGCCCAUCGCUAUGGAUGGAGGCAUUGACCGAAGGGAGUGGACCCUGCAGCACCGCAAGGCUGCUGACAUCACGCUCACUCCCCCACAGGCCGACCUGGAUGCCGACUGUCUGGAUGUUAAUGUCAAGGGACCUGAUGGCUUCACCCCGCUGAUGUUGGCGUCGCUGCGUAACGGUGGAGGCCCAGACUGCGGCCUGCAUGGAGAAGAGGAAGAGGAGAGUGGUGGAGAUGAACCGGGGCCGAGUGUCAUUUCCGACCUGAUUGCUCAGGGUGCUUCGCUGAUGGCCCAGACUGACCGCACGGGAGAAACAGCUCUGCACUUGGCUGCUCGUUACGCCAGAGCUGACGCCGCUAAGAGACUGCUGGACGCUGGAGCUGAUCCCAACGCACAUGACAACAUGGGCAGAACUCCUCUGCAUGCUGCCGUGGCGGCUGAUGCCCAGGGAGUCUUCCAGAUUCUGAUCCGUAAUCGUGCAACAGAACUGGAUGCCCGGAUGAAUGACGGCACUACUCCCCUGAUCCUGGCAGCCAGGCUAGCUGUGGAGGGCAUGGUGGAAGAGCUGAUCCACUGUCACGCUGACAUCAAUGCUGUAGACGACCACGGCAAAUCCGCUCUGCACUGGGCAGCUGCAGUUAAUAACGUGGAAGCCACUCUUGUGCUUUUGAAGAACGGAGCCAACCGUGACAUGCAGGACAAUAAGGAGGAGACCCCGCUCUUUCUGGCUGCCAGAGAAGGCAGCUUCGAGGCAGCUCAGGUUCUCCUUGACCACUACUCCAACCGCGACAUCACAGAUCACCUGGAUCGGCUGCCCCGUGACACCGCUCAAGAACGUAUGCACCAUGACAUAGUCCGCCUGCUGGACCAGUACAACUUGGUUCACAGUCCACACAACGGGCCGAACCACAUGGGUGGAGGAGGAAACUCUGUCAUGUGUGGGGCCAAUGGAGGAGGCUUCAUCGGCAUGCGCCCCGGACCACAGGGGAAGAAGAGCAGGAGGGGCGGCGGCGGGGCGAAGGUGGGAGGUGUUGGCGGGGGAGCUAAGGAGUUGAAAGACAUGAAGGCGAAGAGAAGAAAGAAGCCUGCUGGUGGUGAGGGGCCAGGCGUGGGUGCUGGAGUGGGAGGAGGAAGUGGAGGAGGUACAGGAGGAGGGAGUGCGAAUGGCGUCAAAGCAGCAGGAGGACUUCCAGAGAGCUCUGUCACCAUGUCACCUGUCGACUCCCUGGAAUCACCACACUCAUACACAGGCGAUGUGUCCGGCGCCGUCUCCACGACAGCAAACUCCCCUCCCCUCCUAAGCAGCCCCACCUCCAGACCAAUGCUGCCCCCCGUCAGCCACAUGCUGGGGCAGCAGCAGGGCUGGGUGGGCAUGGCCAAGCACGGCUACAGUGGCCACAUGUUCGGCCUCGUAUCGCACCAGAUGGCGGGAUCUCACCCCAGCAUGAGCCAACACCACGGCCAGGGCCCGAUGCUGACCCCCAUGAAUGUCACCAUGAGCAGAGAGCAGCUGCCGCCCAUUGUCACGUUCCAGAUGAUGGCUCCUGGAGGAAGCCAGGCUAUGCUGAAGCAGCCACAGCCCGGACAGGUACAGGUCACACAGUCCCAGGGGCAGAACCACAGUCAGGGUCACCCUCAGCAGGCCCCGGGGCACCUCCACUGCACCCAGGGUUUAAUGUACCAGAUGCCUGAGCAGAUGAGCAUGCCGCACGGGCUCCCCCACACCCUGCAGCACUCCCACGCCGUCGGGCAUGGAGGGAUGGAAACCCAGUCUCGACCUCUGCCCUCCUAUGUGCAGAGCCCUGUGGAUAAAUACCCCACACCCCCCUCCCAGCACAGUUACACCACCGCUGGCUCAGAGGGCACCACCCCGGGCCACUCCGCCCACCCACCCAGCGAGCACCCGUAUCUCACCCCUUCACCAGAAUCCCCGGACCCUUGGUCGUCCUCUUCGCCGCACUCCAACUCAGACUGGUCUGACGUCACCACCAGCCCCACCCCACUGGGGAACCCCCACCACGCACUGCCAUCAUCACACCACACACACAUUCCAGAGCAGGUGCAGCCACAGCCGCAGUCGCAACAGAUGCAGCAGGCCUCUCAACAGCCUCAGCUCGGAAACAUGCAGGUGUUUGCGUAGGCUGGCCAGAGGAAAGCAUGAACAGACUGACUUUGGGGUUCUGUGUAGUUAGAUAACAACACAUAAUAACUCAUUUGAUGCUUUUCUCCUUCUUUUGUUAAUUCUCUUUGUACGUUCUCCAUUAUUAUUAUCAGCCACCUCCCCUCUUAUGUUUUCUUCUCCUCUUUGCACUUAAGAAAACUGUGUAUAGUUUCUAAAACAUCAUUGAGUAUUAUCUGCUAGACAUUAAAAGUUCUCAGUAUCAAAAAAUGUCUGUUACGAGAUAAAAUCAGUUUUUCCACGUAGUUCUUCCCUCGAUCCCAGCUGAGCAUCCUCUGCUCGGUGUCGGCUGAGUCAGGACUUCUCCUUUGGCACCCAAACACAAACUCUGUUCAUUGAGGGAUCAUCGAAGAACUGCAGGACAGAUGGCGGUCAGCUGUUAUAUUGCGUCAGAAAAACAGACUGUUGAGACGGACACUGAGACAGGACAGCAGACUGUUCUGCAUUCUUAUUGUCUCUUUUGGAGGACAUUGCUAUUUCUUUCUGCUACAUGCUAUCCUUAUGUGUCAUUUCAUGUGAUAAACCUGCCAAUUACUAACUCCUCCUUGAAACCAUUCACUCUACUUUUUUAAUACAAUGGGUCACAUUCAGUUGAUGCUUUUAAUUCUCAAAGCAAAACUACCUAGUUGUUGCCUUACUGUUUUUUUUUUUUAUUAUGCAUUGUUUUAUUUGUUUUUUUUUUUACUGUGUUAAAGGGGGAAUUUUCUAAAAGGCUGUUGCAUGACUAGGAAGACAAACCCCAAGAAAAAUAGAAAGAGUAGAAAGACAUGCACACAGAGGCAUCUUGUUACUAAAACACAGUGAAAUUACCAUGUUUCAAAGGCAGUUGCUGUUUUAGAAACACAGACGAGCUGAUUUGAAAACCAAAUCAAAGUUCGUUUGGCCACAUUCAUAUCCUGUCAUUCAUAUCCUUGCCACAGAUGGUGCCGCUAUACUUCCUGUGUUGAGGGAUUAAUUCAGAAGCUUGACAGACUUUAUGCAAAAAACGUACAGUAGUUUUGUCACACUCAUUGUUACUGUUGUGCCACCAGGUUUAGUUUGUUGUAUGAUGAAAUGUACAUAGACUUAUAGCACAUUCUGCUUGUUAUUGCUGAGCUUAAUUUGGCAAAGACGUGUUGACUUUUUAAAAUGUUAAAAAGUUGUUUUUGUUUUUUUAUAUAUAUGAAUACUGUUCGCACUUCUCGAAUGAUUCUGAAUGUUACAGAGGUGCAUGUUUUUACCUUUAAACUGCCUCUUUUCUAAAUAGUUUCUCUUCCAAAAUCAUUUAACCAGUUUUGCCUUUUGCUUAACUACAAUCAGUGUAUCUCUGCACCUUUUUAAAUUGUCAUGAUUCAUAAACCAAGUCUGGAGGUGAGAAAGGUUUAAUAAAACGUUUUUGUUUUUGUCUUCCUUCCUUAAAGUUGAUGUCGAGCAUAGCUUUGUGUGACUGCUCUGUAAACAGACAAUCAUUCGCUGUUUUAAUUUUAAAACUUAAAAAAGGAACAUCAGUCUGUCUAAGACCAAAUUUUGUUUUACUCAGCCAAAAAAUGUCAUGUCCAAAUUUGUGUCGGUUGUUGUCCUUGUUUGCAAAAGUUGCGCAAUCUCUAAAAAGCCAGACACACAGCACACACACACACAUCCUGUAGCAAGAAAUGUUAUUCAUGUUUCAUCAAUAUUCCCAGUGCCUGACUCUUCAGGGCUUUUAUUCUCUGUAAUUAGGAUGUCCCUGAAGUUUCACAAACACACGUGCUGUACAUUGAGACGUCAGUCAGCGUUUUUAACAAGAAUUGCGUGUGUCAGUUCCCGUUCAUAUGCAAGGCUACGUGUCUAUAUUCUGUAUAUAAAAUGUUUUUGUUUUUUGUUUUUUUUUAAUUGUACUUUCCUCUGUUAACCAAAUAGCCAAUAAUAUACAUGCCAUAUGAAGUAGUUGUCACCAUGUUUGUAUAAGGUAGAAGACUAAAACUGAAAAAUGAGUUAUGUUGGAGAAAAACCAAAUGAUCAACCAAAUGUUCUUAUAAAUAAAGCCCAGAUCGUCA